AUGGAGGCACCGCAAAACAUGAGUUCCGUGGAGGACGACGAGUUUCUCAUGCCGUCCAUGAUCGACAUGUCAAAAUACACUCAAGUGCAGGACGUGCUCCCUCCGCCGAACAAUGAAGACCUUCAUGUGAUCAUCAUGGCUGUUUCGUAUCUAUUGCUGUUUCUCCUUGGUACCUGCGGGAAUGUGGCCGUACUGACCACCAUCUAUCAUGUAGUACGUUCAAGUCGAGCCACGCUCGACAACACACUCAUCUAUGUGAUCGUGCUCUCCUGCGUCGACUUCGGCGUCUGCCUGAGUCUUCCGUUCACUGUCAUCGACCAGAUUCUCGGAUUCUGGAUGUUUGGCACGGUGCCAUGCAAGUUGCACGCUGUAUUCGAGAAUUUCGGCAAGAUUCUCUCGGCUCUGAUUCUC